ACACACUCUCUCCACAACGUUCUGACCCACAUAUCCAAUUCCCAUCUUCUAGUACAACUACUUCUGUUUUUUUGUUUCUGUUGUUUUCCGAUAAACAACGUAUCAUGAAACCGAUAAACACCAUCUUCCUUUGAGCGUAUCAAGCCACAUUCAUCGCUCUCAUUAUCAUCUCCAAAAACCAUUCUCACACCAACCCACGUAUUCUCCCCCUCGCAGAACCAAAACCAAAGCUAGAAAAGAAAAAAGAAACUUCGCUGUUGUGAGAUCCAAAUCAAAGAUGGUUAGUGCAAUAAAAGCUGCCAUUGGAGAUUUGGUGGUGACUUUCUUGUGGGUCUUCUUUUCUUCCAUGUUGGGUUUGGCCACCGACGCCAUAACCACAGCGCUUGAUCUCAAAGGGGUGUCUUACAAUGGCUUUGAUUACGCUAGCGCUGUCAUCAUCACUUCGCUCAUCUUUAUCCUCGUUACGAUCUUCACCUUCGUUGCCAAUGCCUUGGGCGGUGCCAGCUUCAACCCCACCGGCAAUGCUUCUUUCUACGCCGCUGGGGUUGGCACUGACACCCUCCUCUCAAUGGCUCUUCGUUUCCCUGCUCAGGCACUGGGUUCAGUGGGUGGUGUUCUAGCGAUUAUGGAGGUUAUGCCACCAAAAUACAAGCACUUGAUUGGAGGGCCUUCUUUGAAGGUUAGCUUGCAUACUGGAGCUAUUGCAGAAGGGGUGCUGACGUUUGUGAUCACCUUUGUUGUUCUCCUCAUCAUACUUAGAGGUCCUCGCAGUGAGGCCAAGAAGACUUGGUUGAUGGCAAUGUCAACUGUGGCUUUGAUCACGGUUGGUUCCAGUUACACUGGACCAGCAAUGAAUCCUGCCUUUGCAUUUGGUUGGGCAUACUUUCAGAACUGGCACAACACAUGGGACCAAUUCUAUGUUUACUGGAUUUGCCCCUUCAUUGGAGCAAUACUGGCUUCAUGGCUGUUCCGUAUUGUCUUUCCCCCACCAGUGGUAAAGCAGAAGAAAGCCUGAAAAGCCAUAUACCAAUUUUUCCCAAUCUUUUUCUGCUUUUAUCUUUAUAUAUAUAUACAUAUAUUGGGCAUAGACCCUUUUCUUUUUAUCACUUUUUAUCGUCUCUUGUUUGGAACAGCUUUUUUUUAUGAAUAAUAUAAAUUUUAAACAUGUUUCACAUAAUUUUUUCCUUAUUUAUUAUUCAUCAUAUAAGUAAGUCACAUCGUGUCUCUGUUAAGCUACUAUUUCUUGCGUAAUAUAUAAAAUAAAAGAAUGCUUGUGUCUAAUAUUUGGAGGUAAAGGAUAAAACUUACAUAAAGUUUCGUAAAUAUUUAUGCUGAUCUCAAAUAAAACUGAGAUUAUUGUUA